CUUCUUCCGUUUCCAUUUUCCAAAUUUUCUGUUGUUCACAUUGAUUUCCAUCUCUCUCUCUCUCUGCAACAAUCCAAUUCUUCUUUUUGGCGUAUAAGCUCCAUAAUUCUGCCAUUGGAAUCCAACUUCAUCUUCUUCUUCUUCCGGACUGGAGCUUCUGGUUCGUUUUUCCGAGGUUUUUCCCCGCUGAAUUCAAGAACCCCUACAGUUUCUGCCAUCUCUGGUUGAUUUCGGUUGCUUAAUCAGCAGAUUGUGCGGGCGAGUAUGGUUUCGGGGGUUUCUGGAGGUUUAAUCUCGUAAUUGAUUGCUAGGUUUUUGUAUUUUUGUUUGUUUGUUUGACUUUGAAUUUGAAUAGCUGUUUGUGGAAGCAGUCGGAUUAUGUGUUUGUGAGAUGCAAUAGGAACUGGGGAGGUAUCCGGUUUUGCUGGAAUUUGAUUGAUUGAUUGAUUGAUUGUUUUGUUCGUGGACGAUAUGCUUUGUAAUCGAGUUAUCGAUUGUUUAGUUGCUGGUUUUGUUGUGGUUUUGCUGAGUAGUAAUGGUUUCACCUCUGGUACUGAGACUGAUUUGUUUUGCUUGAGAAGUAUAAAGAAUUCGCUUCAGGAUCCCAAUAAUUACUUGAUAACAUGGGAUUUUACCAACCGUUCUGAGGGAAUUAUCUGCAAAUUUGCUGGAAUCUUGUGUUGGCAUCCUGAUGAGAAUAAGGUUUUAAGUAUUUCUCUGUCUGAUAUGGGGCUUAAGGGCCAAUUCCCUCGUGGGAUUGAGAAUUGCACCAGCUUAACUGGUUUGGACCUUUCGAACAACCAGCUUUCGGGUCGGAUUCCAUCCGAUAUUGGAGGCAUUGUUUCAUUUGCUACUACUCUGGAUCUUUCGUCGAAUGAUUUCACAGGUCCCAUACCCAAAAGCCUUUUCAACUGUAGUUAUCUGAAUAUUCUCAAGCUGGAUCACAACCAGUUGUCUGGUGAGAUCCCUCCGGAGCUUGGCUUGCUUGGUCGGUUGACAACGUUUAGUGUAUCCAAUAAUCUUUUGAAUGGACCAGUACCUCGAUUUCCUAAUCUGACAAAUAGAGCUGAUAUGUAUGCUAAUAAUCCUGGUCUGUGUGGGGGUCCUUCGAUGAGUCCUUGCUCAUCACCACCUUCGAAUGGCCCUCAUACCGCAGUCAUUGCGGGAGCAGCUGUAGGGGGCAUUACAAUUGCUGCAAUUGGGGUCGGUAUUGGUAUGUACUUCUAUUUCCGUAAUGCCUCGAUGAAGAGGGGGAAGAGGGACGAUGACCCUGAAGGAAAUAAGUGGGCAAAAAGCAUAAAGGGAAAAAAAGCCAUAAAGGUUUCCGUUAUAGAGAAGUCGGUAUCGAAAAUGAGUUUAAGUGACCUCAUGAAAGCUACAAACAACUUCAGCAAAAACAACAUUAUUGGUUCUGGGAGAACUGGAUGUAUAUACAGAGCAGUUUUUGAGAAUGGAACUUCAUUGAUGGUUAAGAGGUUGCAAGAAUCUCAGCACACCGAGAAGGAGUUCUUAUCCGAGAUGGCUACCUUGGGCAGCGUAAAACAUGCAAACUUGGUUCCGCUUCUAGGCUUCUGUAUGGCUAAAAGAGAGAGGCUUUUGGUCUAUAAGGAUAUGCCAAAUGGAACUCUCCAUGAUCAGCUACAUCCCGUGGAUGACGGUGGGGAACCGAUGGAAUGGUCUCUGAGGCUGAAAAUUGGGAUAAGGGCAGCCAAAGGAUUAGCUUGGCUUCAUCACAACUGCAAUCCGCGGAUCAUCCACCGAAACAUUAGCUCAAAAUGUAUCUUACUAGACGAAAAUUUUGAACCAAAAAUAUCUGAUUUUGGUCUUGCAAGGCUCAUGAAUCCAAUUGAUACCCAUUUAAGUACUUUUGUGAAUGGGGAGUUUGGAGAUUUAGGCUAUGUAGCUCCUGAGUAUACCCGAACUCUACUUGCAACUCCGAAAGGCGAUGUUUAUAGCUUCGGCGUUGUUCUUCUCGAGCUGGCAACAGGGGAGAGAGCAACACAUGUCUCGAAAGCUCCCGAGGAUUUCAAAGGGAAUCUAGUCGAAUGGGUCACCAAGUUAUCUGAUAGCUCCAAAGUGCAGGAAGCGCUCGACGUUUCCUUGGUUGGCAAGAACAUUGAUGGCGAGCUUUUACAGUUUCUCAAAGUUGCACAGAGCUGCAUCGUGCCAACCCCAAAGGAGAGACCUACCAUGUUUGAAGUAUAUCAGCUUCUAAGAGCCAUAGGGGAAGGGUACGUCUUCACUACUGAAGACGAGAUAAUGAUGCCUACAGACACCGAACAUGACGGUGGCCUCGAGGAACUAAUAGUCGCUCGUUAAGUAUAGGAAAAAGUCGACACGAAAGGUACUAUAGUUAGGGGAGAGAUGAUCAUGAUGAUGAUGCAACCAAAAGAAGUAAUAUGUUACCGUUUCCUAGUAUUAUUGUGGUGCAUAAAUAAAUCCGAGAAUUUCGCGAAGUUUACGUGAUUAUUUUCGAUUUAAUCUGGGCCGCAUUCAUAUUUGUAAAAUAUUUCAUUUCUCUCUCACUCUCUUUCUUCCUCUCUCUCUUUAGAACAUGCCAUUGUCGCAGACAGAUGCAUGGAGGAUGCACAAAACUUGGCUGUCAAAGGACCUCUGUAUAGCUGUUCAAGCCAUCUAAUUCAUGAGAGGUUUGUUUUCUUUUA